AUGUUUUUAGCUUUGUCUCGUGGCGUUGGAGUGAAGACUCAGAGUUCGCAAGCCGCUGAAUAUUUAUUUAAUGUUAUUAAUUUUUUGGCUCAAGAUUUUCAUCGCAAAUGGACAUUUGGAUUUUUUUUUCAAUCCUUUGUCGCGAACGGUACAGUGGUACUAUUUAUGCCGAUACUGUUCAAUUUAAGUUACCUUAAUGCCAGCAUGCAAUUCGAUUUGGGCCAAUUGUUCACAUCGAUCCAGGCAGCGAUCAAUAUUUGCGCUAUACCAAUUAAAUUCAUUACGAUGCAAUUGUAUAUGAAAAAUUUACAUCGUAUUAAUAAAAUGUUAAAUAUUUUGGAUAGUCGCUGCAAGCAUCCGGAAGAAUUUAAUAAAUUGCGUCAUUGUGCAAUUACCGGUAAUCGUAUAUACGUUGGUGCAAUUAUUGUGUAUUUCUCGUAUUCGAUUAGCACUUGCAUGGGCUUCAUGCUAACAGGCCAGGCGGCUUAUAAUAUAUAUAUACCCGGUAUUAAUUGGCGCAAUUCACUAUUGGAAUUUGUUAUACAAGGCUUAAUAGAGUUUGCCUCAAUGAAUUUGAUUUGCUUGCAUCAAACGGUUUACGAUUCUUACUCAGGCAUAUAUCUAUAUAUAAUCCGGAUACAUAUACAAAUUUUAAACGAAAGAGUGAGACGUUUGGGCUCGAAUCUAAAAAACGAUGAAAAGCAGAGUUACGAAGAGUUAAUUCAAUCCAUUCUCGAUCACAAACUUAUUCUAAGAUUGGUUACAGCCAUAAGUCCAAUGAUUUCGUUAACCAUAUUUGUACAAUUCGCCAUUACCGCAGCUAUGUUGGCUACUACAAUGAUUAAUAUUUCCUUCUUUUCCAAUGUCGUUGGCCGUAUUGCUUCGAUAUUUUACAUUAUAUUGGUGUUCGCGCAAUCAUCGCUAUGCUGCUAUCAAGCCACUUGCCUUGUAUCGGACGCAGAUGAAUUGCCUGUCUCCAUUUUUCAUUGUCAAUGGGUUCAGCAAGGAUACCGCUUUCGCAAAAUGAUUAUCUAUUUCAUGGUGAACACUCAAAAACCCAUAAUAUUCACAGCAGGGAAACUAUUCCCCGUUAAUAUGGCUAGCGUUCUUAGUAUUAUUAAAUUUUCCUUCUCGGUGUACACCUUAAUAAAAACCGUAGGUAUCAAGGAGUAA